UGUUUCAUAUAAUCGGUCGUAAUCGUAAUAUGUUCUUUUGAGUUUUAUAAUAAAAUACAAUAAAUCGCAACAGGUUAUGGGCCCAGAGAACGGUUCUAGUGCGCGAAACCAAUAUAAUUAAAUAAAAUAGGAAAAAUAGCCCUGUGAACACGUGCUUCGUUAAAAAUCAAAAGAAAAGGAUGGCCGCCAACAUUUUGAACGUGCAACACGUGAAGGAGCUGAAGAACGCAAAUUAUGAAACUUGGAAAGUUCAGAUGAAUUUCCUUUUACGAUAUAAUGACUUAUGGGGAUAUGUAACAAGGGACAUAAUAAAAACCCAAGAAAACAGUGCAGCGUGGGAUAUUAGAGAUGCAAUAGAAUCUAGGGAAUUAUUACCAACAAUGGAUGAAUUGAAGGUCAAACCAAUGGAAGAGAAAAUACGAAGAAGUAAUAAUGAUGAAGAAGAAAACAAAGAAACAGGACUAAAGACAACAGACACAAAUAAAGGUUUUUCGACAUAUCCAAAAUACACCAACAGGACAAGGAAUACACAGGAGAUGUCACGUGAAUUUCAAGGAAAUUGUUAUAAUUGCAACAGGUAUGGCCAUAGCGCAAAAAAUUGCUAUUCUAAAUCCCAUAAUAGGUCAAACGAUACGCAUAAAACAAGUAGCGAAUCAAAUAAACGAAAUCAUGCCAUGGUGGAAAUGGCACGUUGCCUGAUAUUACAGGGUAAAUUAACAAAUGCCCUGUGGGUCAAAGCCAUAAAUACUUCCGUUUACUUAAGAAAUAGGUGCCCAACAAAAAUAAAUCAAGAUACAACGCCAUAUGAAGAAUGGACUGGACAAAAACCGUACAUAGGAUUUUUGAGGAAAAUAGGAAGUCGAGUAAUAGCACUCAAAAAGGGUCCUAGGAAAGGACACAAAUUUGAGCCAAGAGGAAAAGAAUAUGUGUUGGUGGGACACUUUACCGAGUCUAAGGCUUACCGUUUAUGGGAACAAGGAACAAAAAUGGUAAUAAUUGAAAGAGAUGUACGAUUCAUUGAAGAACAGAAUAUUGUCGCAAACGAAGGGCAGCAGCAACCUGAAUUUUGCCCAAUGGAAAUAAUUAAAGAAUCACGGGAGGAUUCUGCUCAACAGGAGGAAGAAGAGCUGUCAAUGAAUCAGGAUCAAAUUGACCAGGGAGCUUCAAUUAAAAGAAGAGGACGUCCACGAAUUGAAAGGACAGGAAAAUCGGGCAGACCUAGGAAAAUACAGGGUGUUCGGCUACUGCAAACAGGAUUUCUUCAACAACCAAUACCGUACAGCAACAUGUCAGACAUACGGAAGUACGCUGUUGCUCGAUGGGAUCCUACUUAUAAGAACUGUAUUAGUAUAGUUCUGUCAGAUAGUUCACUUCUUCUGCAAGCCAAUAAUGCAUACACGAGGGACCAAUGGUAUCAUUCAAUAUUAUGGAAGAGUCUUGAAAAAGAACAACUUUCUUAA